AUGUUCAAUAACAGGCACUGGGUAUUCCAACAAGAUUCGGCGCCAGCUCAUAGAGCGAAGAGCACACAAGACUGGCUGGCGGCGCGUGAAAUCGACUUCAUCCGGCAUGAAGACUGGCCCUCCUCCAGUCCAGAUUUGAAUCCGUUAGAUUACAAGAUAUGUCAACACUUGGAGGAAAAGGCGUGCUCAAAGCCUCAUCCCAAUUUGGAGUCACUCAAGACAUCUUUGAUUAAGGCAGCCGCCGAUAUUGACAUGGACCUCGUUCCUAUUAUCUUAUGCGCUCAUGCUGCAGAAAACAAUGGGACGAAUGCUGAAGAUGGCGAUGCGCUUAAAAGACAAAUACAAGAGGGGCAACAAGAUGAAAUGUACAGGUCGGCAAGAAAACAGGAACCAGCUACUCCCGUAGAAGAACCCCAAGAGGACGACAAAUCUCCUGGGAGAGUUGAAACAAAUGAGUAUCGGCCCGGUCAAGUUUUUUCCCUUAACCCGCAAGAGUUAUUAGAUCUUCAACCGGAAAGACAAGCGCCCUUAGCGAGCAAUCAGCAGCUUCAGCAGCUGUAUGGUAAUCUACAGCCUGAACACAAGCAAAAUUUACAGCCUUUCUACUAUUACGAUCCACAACUUGCAGGACAGGUGUCUCUACAACCAUCACAUGCGGUCAUCGCGCGCCCUGACCAUUCUUCUAACGGCGGAGAAGCAUCAGUAGGUGCUGCACUUUCUGUCAGUGACACUGGCAAUCCUCGUUCCCAUUCUUUUGACCAAGAAAUAUUGGCUCUACUUGGCCAUUCAGCACGACAGGAAGAUCAACGACUCCAAGCUUACACGCAGACACAGCAACCGUUGCAAAUCUUACCACAAAAUAUAGGACAACAAUACCAGCAGAUCGAAAAUUAUUUAACGAAAUCUGGUAAGAAACCGACUAACCUACGUUCAAAUGUUCAAAUUGUGCCAACACAAGCGUCAACUGCUCCUCAGCAAUAUUUAAUUGAAACCACUAAUGUGCAACCACAGCAACAACCAUUACAGAACGAAUUCCAUUUCGCACAACCUCAACGUGCACCACAAACUCUGCGCUAUAUCCCGAUACAACCUGAUGUACAACAAACUCUAUACGAGCGCCCUGAAUCCCAAGGCCUAAAAGUUGUGCCAGCUCCUAAUUUACAAAACUUACAGCCUCUCACUCAAAAUAAUUACGCAUUUAUACCGCAAUAUCAACCAGAAUUAGUUCCAAAACAGUACACGUUUGUGGACACACAAAGACAACAAAUUCAAGCAAUUAGUCAAGAGCAGCCCUUAGUCGCUAUAGGAAACAUUGAGAGACCAUUGACUUACUUAAAACGUAUCCCAGAACGUGAGAAAACACGCACAGUUAAAAUCUAUAAUCAAGAAGGUUUAACUUCAGCGUCCCAACCCGCUCAAAUAGGUGGACAAUUCUAUCUCAGACCUUUGUAUCAAUCCAAUGACCAAAGAGGAAGAUACGAAUUAUCAUCGCAAGCUCUGAAAUCUGAGCAGCAAGCUAGAGCUAUUGAAUCAACAAAGGCUCCGCUUUCAACUAUAUAUGUCAACAAGAAAAUUUCUCCGAAAAAAGUUGUUAGACCCUCACAGAAAUCGGAACAGCCAGCAAGAGGCCAAUUUUUCAGAUUAGAACAAAAACCUAUAAGGUUUGAGCAAAUAUCUGAAGAUCAACAAAGUAAAGCAUUCGAUGCACAACGUGCUCACUUGCCACCUCCAAGAAACAAUAAAGCAUACACGCCUGAAGAGUUUGCUGCUUUAGUUGCUGCAGGUUAUUCUGUGACUCCUGUUCCAGUGGGAGGUUCGAGACAACAAGCACAAUCGAGAUCUUUCUUGGAAUCAAUUCAAAUUCCGCAACGCCGUCCAUUAUACAGUAAACGUCACCAAUAUCUUCCUUUGAGAUAUGAUGAGGCACCUUGA